AUGUCCACUUACUCGUUUAGUCUUCUAGCUACUUUUGUGCUUCUUUUUGGUCUUCUCUCUUCAUCAAUCAUUCGUUAUGAUUACAUUCGUCCCACUCCACAAUGCAAUAAACAUUGUACAUCAAAGACACCGAUAGCUGGGAUGGUUCAAUGUUGUAAAGCAGCCGGCGCUUCAAAUUUCGGCUUUUGCACGAAACACAAUCAGGCCCUUUGUGCCGCUUGGACUGAAGAGUACACGGUUAUUUGGACAUCCGGA